AUGACGCCCGAAACCCAGCAGGAACUUGCACACACCCUCCUUGUGGAGCUUCUCGCAUACCAGUUCGCAUCGCCUGUAAGAUGGAUCGAAACCCAAGAUGUCAUCCUCGGCGAGAAGGAGACCGAGCGGAUAGUCGAGGUCGGUCCGGCGGACACUCUCGGCGGAAUGGCCAAGCGAACACUGGCCGCCAAGUACGAAGCGUAUGACGCUGCAAGGUCCGUUCAGCGCCAGAUCCUCUGCUACAACAAGGACGCGAAGGAGAUCUAUUACGAUGUCGAGCCUAUGGAGGAUGAACCAGCGGCAGCGCCAGCUCCAAUCGGUGGCAGCACGGCAGCCGCUCCAGCUCCAGCGGCGGCUGCGGCACCUGUUGCAGCGGCACCUCCACCUGGUGCAGGCCCGGCCGCAGCAGUAGCUGAUGCACCGGUCGGCGCUGUUGACAUCCUUCGCACACUCGUCGCCCAGAAGCUCAAGAAGCCACUUCUUGACAUCCCACUCAGCAAAGCUAUUAAGGAUCUCGUUGGCGGCAAGUCAACACUGCAGAACGAGAUCCUCGGUGAUCUUGGCAAAGAGUUCGGCUCAACGCCAGAAAAGCCAGAAGACACACCACUCGACGAGCUUGGCGCUUCGAUGCAGGCCACGUUCAAUGGCCAGCUUGGCAAGCAGUCAACGUCGCUUAUUGCACGUAUGGUCUCAUCGAAGAUGCCUGGUGGCUUCAACAUCACAGCGGUGCGCAAGCACUUGGAGACUAGAUGGGGUCUAGGACCAGGUAGGCAAGACGGCGUGCUGCUUUUGGCACUGACAACGGAGCCAGCUGCUCGUCUUGGCUCGGAGAACGAUGGCAAGGCUUGGCUCGACGAUGUGACGCAGAAGUAUGCUGGCAUUGCUGGUGUCAGCCUCUCAUCUGGCGCAGCAGCUGGAGGUGCCGCUGCGGGUGCCGGUGCUGGCAUGAUGAUGGACCCGGCUGCCAUCGAUGCGCUUACCAAAGACCAGCGAGCGCUGUUCAAGCAGCAGCUGGAGUUGUAUGCGCGAUACUUGAAGAUGGACCUCAGAGCGGGUGACAAGGCUGCACUAGUUGGGAAGCAGAACGAAGCUGUGCUUCAAGCGCAGCUCGAUUUGUGGAGCGCUGAGCACGGCGACUUCUACGCUGCGGGCAUUGAGCCUUCAUUCAGCUCGCUCAAGGCCCGUGUGUACGACUCAUCAUGGAAUUGGGCUCGCCAAGACGCUCUUACUAUGUACUACGACAUCAUCUUCGGACGACUGAAAGCGGUCGAUCGUGAGAUUGUCAGCCGCUGCAUCCUCAUCAUGAACCGCUCCAACCCCACGCUUCUCGACUUCAUGCAGUAUCACAUGGACCACUGCCCAACGGAGCGAGGCGAGACGUAUCAGCUGGCGAAGAUGCUUGGCGAGCAGCUGAUUGACAAUUGCCGCGACGUGCUUGGAGAGGCUCCGGUAUACAAGGAUGUCGCAAUGCCUACUGCACCACACCUGACUAUCGACGCACGCGGCGGCAUGAAGUACGAAGAGGCGCCUCGAGCCAGCGUCCGCAAGCUCGAGCACUACGUACGCGAAAUGGCAGAGGGUGGCAAGAUCUCGGAGUACGGCAACCGAACAAAGGUGCAGAAUGACCUGCAGCGCGUCUACAGGCUCAUUCGCCAGCAGCACAAGCUUUCGAAGUCGUCGCAAUUGGAGAUCAAGCAGCUGUACAGCAACAUCGUUCGCUCAUUGUCAAUGAACGAAGGCCAGAUCAUCCCGCACGAGAACGGCAAGCUAAACGGCCACGCCAAGAAGAACGGCCGAAACGGUCGCAUCAAUGGCGUAGUCAAGCAGGGCAAGGUCGAGACAGUCCCGUUCCUGCAUCUCAAGCGCAAAGAGCCGCAUGGCUGGGAGUACAGCAAGAAGCUGACGGGUAUCUACCUCGACGGUCUCGAGCAGGCAGCGCGGGCUGGGGUCACUUUCCAGAACAAGAACGUUCUGAUGACCGGUGCCGGUGCCGGCUCCAUUGGCGCGGAGGUGCUACAAGGCUUGAUCAGUGGUGGCGCGAAGGUCAUCGUGACCACAUCACGUUUCUCGCGGGAAGUGACCGAAUACUACCAGAGCAUGUACUCUCGCUACGGUGCACGGGGCUCGAUGGUCGUUGUGGUUCCCUUCAACCAAGGCAGCCAACAGGACGUCAAUGCCCUAGUUGAUUACAUCUACGACGAGAAGAAGGGUCUCGGCUGGGAUCUCGACUACAUCGUGCCUUUCGCCGCCAUCUCCGAGACUGGUCGGGAGAUUGAUAGCCUGGACAGCAAGUCGGAGCUUGCCCACCGCAUCAUGUUGACGAACUUACUCCGCAUGCUGGGUGCGGUGAAGUCGCACAAGGCUUCUCGUAGCAUCGAGACACGGCCAGCGCAAGUCAUCCUGCCAUUAUCACCCAACCACGGUACCUUCGGCAGUGACGGUCUGUACUCCGAGUCCAAGCUCGGCCUCGAGACUCUCUUCAAUCGAUGGCAUUCGGAGAGCUGGGGCAACUUUCUCACCAUCUGCGGUGCAAUCAUCGGCUGGACUCGUGGCACUGGCCUCAUGGCUGGCAACAAUGUCGUUGCUGAAGGUGUCGAGAAGUUUGGCGUGCGGACUUUCUCCCAGCAAGAGAUGGCGUUCAACCUCCUAGGCCUCAUGGCACCGUCGAUUGUCAACUUAUGCCAAGUCGAGCCGGUCUUCGCCGACCUCAACGGCGGUCUGCAAUACCUGCCUGACCUUAAUGCCUUGAUGACAAAGCUGAGGAGGGAGCUCACUGAGACGUCUGAGAUUCGCAGAGCUGUCACCCGGGAGACUGCUGUCGAGAACAAAAUCGUCAACGGCGAGGAUAGCGAAGCGCUAUACAAGACGGUCAAGGUUGAGAAGCGUGCUAAUCUCAAGUUCGACUUCCCAAAACUGCCAGACUGGAAGACCGAAGUCGAGCCGCUCAAUGCUGAUCUGAAGGGUAUGGUCGAUCUUGAGAAGGUGGUCGUUGUCACCGGUUUCGCCGAGAUCGGUCCAUGGGGUAACUCGAGGACUCGCUGGGAGAUGGAAGCGUACGGACAGUUCUCCCUGGAAGGGUGCGUUGAGAUGGCGUGGAUCAUGGGCUUGAUCAAGAACCAUAAUGGCCCGCUCAAGGGUCAGAGCUACUCCGGCUGGGUGGAUAGCAAGACUGGCGAGCCUGUUGAUGACAAGGACGUCAAGGCCAAGUACGAGAAGUACAUCCUUGAGCAUUCUGGUAUCCGCCUGAUCGAGCCCGAGCUGUUCAGUGGCUACGAUCCCAAGAAAAAGCAACUGUUGCAAGAGAUUCAGAUCGAAGAGGACCUUGACCCCUUUGAGGCUUCGAAGGAGACGGCGCUUGAGUUCAAACGCGAGCACGGCGAGAAGGUCGAGGUCUUCGAGCUGGAGUCUGGUGAAUACCAGGUCCGCCUGAAGAAGGGUGCUAGCAUCAUCAUUCCGAAGGCGCUCCGCUUCGACCGUCUGGUCGCCGGUCAGAUUCCGACAGGCUGGGACGCGAAACGGUACGGUGUGCCCGAUGACAUUGUGUCACAAGUCGAUCCUGUCACCCUUUAUGUGCUUGUUUCUACGGCUGAGGCACUGCUCUCGUCCGGUAUUACGGACCCGUAUGAGUUCUACAAGUAUGUGCAUAUCUCAGAGGUGGGCAACUGCGUUGGCUCUGGUCUCGGUGGUACGACGGCGCUGCGUGGCAUGUACAAGGAUCGCUACCUUGAUCGGCCGCUGCAAAAGGACAUUCUGCAGGAAUCGUUCAUUAACACCAUGGCUGCAUGGGUGAACAUGCUUUUGCUCUCGUCCACCGGUCCCAUCAGGACGCCCGUUGGCGCGUGCGCAACGGCUGUUGAGUCUAUUGAUAUUGGAUACGAUUGCAUUGUCGAAGGCAAGGCGCGUAUCUGCUUCGUUGGUGGCUUCGACGAGUUCUCGGAGGAAGGCUCGUACGAAUUUGCCAACAUGAAGGCUACCAGCAAUGCGGAAGACGAGCUCGCACACGGUCGCACGCCGAAGGAGAUGUCACGUCCCACCACAACCACACGUAACGGCUUCAUGGAGUCACAGGGUUGCGGUAUGCAAGUCAUCAUGGACGCCAAGCUUGCGCUUGACAUGGGCGUACCGAUCUACGGUGUUGUUGGAUUUACUGCCACUGCGACUGAUCAGAUCGGUCGCUCUGUACCCGCACCGGGUCAAGGUGUGCUCACGACUGCACGUGAGCAAGCCUCCAAGUUCCCGUCGCCGCUCUUGGAUAUCAAGUACCGGAAGCGACAAAUGGAUCUGCGCCGCAAGCAGAUCAAGAAUUGGCAGGAGUCUGAACUUAUGUACCUGCAGGAAGAAGUGUCUGCGAUGAAGCAGCAAGGCGGCAACUUUGACGAGACCGAGUAUAUGGAAGACCGUGCUGCGCACAUUGAGCGGGAGGCGAAGAGACAGGAGAAGGAUGCCCUUGCAAGCCUUGGCAACAACUUCUGGAAGCAAGACCCGCGCAUUGCUCCCAUCCGUGGUGCGCUCGCCACCUGGGGCUUGACUAUCGAUGACCUUGACGUAGCCUCCUUCCACGGUACCUCUACCGUCGCCAACGACAAGAACGAAUCCGACGUUAUCUGCCAGCAGAUGAAGCAUCUCGGCCGCAAGAAGGGCAAUGCCUUGCUUGGUAUCUUCCAAAAGUACUUGACCGGUCAUCCAAAGGGUGCUGCCGGUGCUUGGAUGUUCAACGGCUGCUUGCAAGUGUUGAACUCUGGCCUUGUGCCUGGUAACAAGAACGCCGACAAUGUUGACAAGGUGAUGGAGAAGUUCGAUUACAUCGUCUACCCUAACCAGAGCAUACAAACGGACGGCGUCAAGGCCUUCUCGGUGACUUCUUUUGGCUUCGGCCAAAAGGGUGCACAAGCCAUCGGUAUCCAUCCGAAGUACCUCUACGCUGCGCUUGAUCAUGCGACAUUUCAGACAUACAAACAAAAGGUCGAAGCACGGCAACGGAAGACCUACCGUUACUACCACGACGGUCUCAUCAACAACACCAUGUUCCGUGCCAAGGACAAGUCCCCGUACGAGGACACCCAGCGAAGCCAGGUCUUCCUCAAUCCAGAGGCGCGCGUUACCGUCGACAAGAAGUCGGCUGCAUUCACCUAUCCCAAGACCGCGCCAAAGAAGAUGCAAGAUAAGAGCACGACGGAGAUGGUGGAGUCACUGAUGAAAGUCAAUGCUUCCGCCAACUCCAGCCCGGGUGUGGACAUCGAAAGCAUCGACGCUAUCGACAUCCACAAUGACACUUUCCUUGAGCGCAACUUUACCCACGCUGAGAUUGAGUACUGCCGCAAGGCUCCAAGCCCGCAAGCAAGUUUCACCGGCAAGUGGAGUGCCAAGGAAGCCGUGUUUAAGAGCUUGAAGGUCGAGGGUAAGGGUGCUGGAGCGCCACUGAAGGAUAUCGAGAUUAACAACGACGAAAAUGGCGCGCCCACUGUGACUCUCCACGGCGACGCCAAGGCCGCUGCUUCGAAGGCUGGCGUGAAGUCCACUACGGUUAGCAUCAGCCACAGCGACGCUCAGGUCAUUGCAGUCGCCAUCUCCUCCUUCUAG